AUGGACCUCACGAUGGCGGCCAUGGGCUCCCUCCUCCCCAAGCUGUUCGAGCUCCUCCUGGGAGAAUACAAGCUGCAGAAGGGCGUGAAGAAAGAUGUAGAAUUUAUCGAGAAGGAGAUGCGGAGCAUAGAUGCCGCCCUCCGCAAAGUGGCCAUGGUGCUGCGUGACCAGCUCCAUGACAACUCCAAGAUCUGGGCCAAUGAUGUCAGGGAACUGGCAUACGAGAUGGAGGAUGUGGUUGAACGCUUCGUGGUGGACAUCCAGGGCUUUGAGCCUGCUGCUAGCCAAGACAGCUUCAAAGGGUUCAUGAAGAAGGUGUCCAACUUGUUCAAGAAAGGCAAGAAGCGCCACCAGAUCGCCGAUGCGAUCAAAGGCAUCAAGGACCAGCUCCAGGAGGUGGCUGAUCGACGCGACAGGUACAAGAUUGAUGAUGUUGACGCAAGUCUAGCUGCUACAACCAUUGUUGACCCUCGGCUGAUGGCUCAGUUCAAAGAUCAGAGAGAGCUCAUUGGCAUCGAGGAGCCAAGGGACGAGCUAAUCAAGAGGCUGGCGGAUGGAGAUGAUUGUGUGUCCAGGCAGCAGCUCAAGAUCCUCUCGAUCUUCGGAUUUGGAGGACUUGGCAAGACAACUCUUGCCAGAGCGGUUUACGACAAGAUACAUGUAGAAUUUGUAUUCAAGGCUUUUGUUUCGGUCGGUCAGAAGCCUAAUCUGAAGAAUGUUCUCAUAAGUAUUCUCCUCCGAAUUGACAAAGCCUCUUGUGACAAUGGUACACUGUUAUUAGAUGAGGUGCUGCUCAUCGAGAAACUCCGAGAACUGCUUACAGACAAGAGGUACCUCAUCAUCAUUGAUGAUAUAUGGGAUAUGAGUUCAUGGGAUAUAAUCAAAUGUGCUUUUAUUGAUAGUAACUGUGGAAGCAGAGUAAUCACAACUACUCGUAUCUUUGAAAUGGCGAACGAGGCAAGUGACAUUUACAAGCAAGAACCUCUUUCUCCUGAUAGGUCGAAGGAAUUGUUCUGUAUGAGAUUAUUUAUUGGCAAAAGCAAAAACCCAUAUCAUGAACCGGUUAAGAUAUCUGGGAAGAUAUUGCAGAAAUGUGGUGGCAUACCGCUAGCUAUCAUUACAAUAGCUAGCUUAUUGGCCAGUAAACCAGUAACAGAUUGGUCUAAGGUCUAUGACUCUACUGGUUUUGGGAAUGAAGAUAACAAGGAAGUGGAUACCACAAGAAAUAUAUUGCUAUAUAGCUACUAUGAUCUUCCAUAUUAUCCACGGCUUUGCCUAUUGCACCUAGGCAUAUACCCCGAAGAUUUUGAGAUCAAAAAGGACAAUUUAAUUUGGAAGUGGGUGGCUGAAGGAUAUGUGCAUGAGGAACCAGGAAAAGGAUUAUUUGAGAUUGGAGAGAGAUACUUCAACAUGCUCAUAGAUAGAAGCAUGAUCCAGGCAGUGGAGAAGCCAUAUCACAGCAUCAUAUAUGCUUGUCGUGUGCAUGAUUUGGUACUUGAUAUGAUUCAUUUUCUAUCAGAAGAUGAAAGUUUUGUUAUUGCAUCAAACAGUAACAGGACAUCUCCGUGUAUCACUGUUCGUAGGUUAGCCAUAAAUAAUGAAGUCGUAGAGCAGGAUGGAUCUGCGGCUAACUCGUGCAUGCAGCAAGUGAGGUCAUAUAAUGCCACCAUGUGUCAAUUUAGUAUGUUGCCAUUGCUUUCAAACUUUAAAGCUCUACGUGUGUUGGCUAUAGAAAAGUGCACUUUCAGGGGAGAUAAGGAAAUUCUUGUGAGGCCGGAAGCUUUUCCUAAUCAUCUUAAGGAUGUUGGGAAUUCACCUGAGGUACCUUGGUUUCUCAAGAGCGCCUAUUGUUGA